AUAUAUGUCCCAUCGGGCGGCGUGUACCACCGGCGGCUCACGCUCGCGUGCCUAUCAAAUGGCGUGUACCAUCGCGCCGCCCCACAAAUAGCAGCGCCUCGGACGUGAACGCGUUAAUUUCCUUAGAAUUGAUUGGUAAUACGAUUCCGAGAAGUAGCGAACGAUUACGUUGGAAUGAAACGUCACGGUCGGGCAAAUAAUUGUAGAUCGCGGGGUCCAUCGAUUCCGAGAGAACUGUCGCAAUUCAGGAAACGACGCUCGCACCAGGCCCGAACGAUAUUUAACGCGGGUGAAACUAUUUGCAACGUUCAUUUCGCGGUGGGCCAUUGUUCUAUUUGGUUGCGUAUCGAUCGCGCGAAGCUCGAAAUUUCUGACGAUCGUUUUCCUUGCGGUAUUUAUUAGACGGGAGCGGGGAUUUCAUACGGGUAAUUAUUCCACCUAAUCGCUCGCAAUCGUCGCGGACCAUCGAGCGUGUAUAAAUUAAGGAAAAAGGCGGUAAGAAGCGUGUAGAAAGAAAGAAAAAUCGAAGAAAUUAAUCCUCGGUGAUCAAUUCUGCUCGGUUACUCUGGUCUCGAUUGAUUCAACUUUUCCAGAUUUUCAAUCUGUAAUAUACACGCGGAACUUUCUAAUCGCGAGAUUACGAUACUCCCACGAUAUGAAAUUUCAUCUGAUAAAAAUCGGCAACUCUGUAUCAAGCAUGCGUUACACAAGCAUUCAACUACCGCCAGAUGCAGCAAGUCAUCAGAUCCUCUCACUGUAAAUGUCAAACAACGAUUCAAUUCCAUAGAGUCCUGCAAACAUUGUACGAUACUGUUAACCUUUACUUCAUUUCUCAAGAGUGUUUAAAAUCUGGGCGUCCAUCUUGAUCUUAUAUUAUAGAUCAGAUAGGUCUUAUUUGUUGUCUCUAACAAGCUUCCGAAAGAAAAAAAAGCUUGCGCUUUAUUGAGACGGACAGUGGAGCAGUGAGUAGCGUAGCCGAUUACCACGCUGAGAGCUCAGGUUCGAAUCCCGGCUGUUUCACUCCGGUUUUUCUUCAUGGUUGGGUUAAACCCGGUUAACAAAGUAUCGAAAAGUCUAUAUAUGGCAUAUAUAAGGAUAAGCAAUGGAAAAAAAUAAAAGGACAUCAAAAGAAAAAAGAAAAAAGAAAGAACUUGGUGUAAGAUAAGUACGAGAAAAGUGCUAAAACACAAAGCCGAAGUCAAGUAGCUCUCAACAUUCGCUUGUGAUACAAUAAUUAAAAACUCGAACUCGAUAGCUUUCAAAGCGUUUAAAUUAAUGCGGUACCAUGGGAAAAUUGUCCGGGACUCCUUCCUACCAGUAAAUAAAGAAUUAAAUAGAGAGAGCAAACUAAAUAAAUAAAAGACGCGAGUACUGGGAUUACCAGAGAGAUUACCAUGUUUAAGAGAAAUUUGUAACACGGUCAUAAAGGUCUGCCCUGUGCUCUUCGAGAAAAACACGAUCUACUUAAAACCGUGGUCAUAUCUGCAGUUAGAUCUCAUCUGAUGGUAACGAUAGAAACCUACGUGCAACGGAAUCGAGAGUUCCCUUCGUGUAUGCAACCGUUCUCGUGGCCGAAAAGAGAACGAAGAGGAGGCCUGGGAGUCCGAAGCGCGUUGAUAAGGCGCACAACGAUAGGAAGUCGCGGCAACGAGCCGAAGAGGUGGUAUAAUAGGUGAACGCGUCUCUAAUCCCCUUUUCUUCACGGAAAUCGUCGAAAGUGUAACAGUAGGUUUCUCAGAGAGCGCCGGAGCGCCCUGUGGCAGCUCAGAUGAGGAGGAUCGGUCGCGAGAGACACCGGGGGUCAUACAAGUUCAACGGAACAGUGAAUCGGGGGUCGAGCGUGUUCAUGGUGGAAGGAGAAAUACUAGAGGGAACCAUUGGACCAGGUACAUUUGAUUAGUCGGGUCAGUGCUCGUUUCGCUCGCCUGCUGCACACCGGAGCUAUCCUGUGGAAACAGGACUCCGAAAGACAGAGAUUCUUCUACAGUGACAAGUGCUACUGCGACCAACGAAGAAAAAUGCGACAUAUAUUCGAAAUAACUAAAACUACGUACGAUUACACGAUCUACGCAAAUUGAUAUACAACAAAUCAACUGAAUCCGAGGAAUCGAUUGUUUAAUUGAAUCGUGAUCUUUUUUAGUCGCGAUCUGUAAGAAUCUGAACGGAAAAAUUUUAAUUUAAACGCGCCAGAACAUCGUUACGACAUGUGAGACUUCAAAGCUAAUUCGAUGAACCGAUUGUCCGUGAUCCACGAUCGACGAGCCUCGAUGGAUCCUUCCGUCGAUCAUUCUGUACGAGAACUCUCAACUCGUACCAUUUCGAACGCAGUUCGGAACCAUUCGUAGCUGACAUGACAUUAGAACUUAUUCGAUGAAUCUCGAAAGGAUAUAUCAUUGGUCUAGGAUGCCUCGUGCGAAACAUCGAUGGAGAUUCUUCGUCUUGUCGCAUGUGAUACUCUUGACAUUGUCUUGUUGCAAUUCUCGUGCUAGGAAUACAGUAAGUGUCCCGAGGUUGAUUAAAAGUAGCAGAGUGUAUGAAUUAAACAAUGACGAGACAUCCAAUGAAUGGCAGGAAGGAAAUCUUCGCGUAGGGCGAAGUAGAGAACCAUGGGAUUCCGUGUCUAUGGAAGAACAGAAGGAAAAUGUAUACAUACGCGAGCUCCCAUCUGUUAAUUUUACGUACAACGAAACGAAGGGUAAUCAGUUAUUAACGCACAACGAAGCGACUUUAUCUCAUAAAAGGUUUAAAAGGGGUGUGAUACAUCUCUACAACAUGGUAGUUUGUGCUACCGGAUGCAAUCCUUUAGCUUAUAAAGGAUACGGGUGUUACUGUGGUUUUCUGGGCUCUGGAUACGUCAUAGAUGGGAUAGAUAGGUGUUGCAAAAUGCACGACUGGUGCUACGAUGCUACUGAUUGCCCAAUGUUUUCAGAGUACUUUGUACCGUAUUAUUGGAGAUGUUACCACGGUUAUAAGCCCGUAUGCGCCGUUGAACACGGGAAUUGGGGGGGAUCUGGAUCGUGCGCUCAACGAUUAUGCGAAUGCGAUCGAACGUUCGCCGAAUGUUUAAAACGCUACCCUUGCCCGACGACCAAAGCUGUGUGCACCUCGUCGCCUUGGAGACUGGUACAAAAUCUUUUUAUGGUCAUGUAAUUACUGGCAUGACGGAAUC